GUGCGAGCUAUAAGGGACAAGCGUUAAAUUACUUUGUCUAUUAUAGGGUAUGUCCGUUCCCUAAAGCUAUAGCUAAUUCGGUUCGCGAUGCGUGCGCCCAGAAUUAUAAGUAGCAAGCAGGAAACAGGUUAUCGUUUUUUUGUAGACUUGCAAUCUUGCUACUAUUCUUUGCUUAUUCACUUGUCCUGCUAAGAGCUUCUUUACUUGGUUUGUUCUUACAUAUCUUGAACACUACAUAAUUGGUAACUUCUUUACGAGUCAGCAUUACCAGUGAAAAAAAAGAAUGAAGUUCUCUACCAUAGCCGCUAUCUUCGUCAGCCUGGCUAUCCCAGCAUCCUGUAUUGAAUGUUAUGAUGCAAAACCGUGUUCUAGCUUCCCAUGCUUUGGUUGGUGUGAUGGAGUCUUUCCUGCUACACGUAUAAAGGGUGUUGAAGUCCCGGCCCAGCCAGGCCAAUGUACUUGUCUCUUUUGAAUAGAUAGCCUUGCG